AUGCAUUUAAUUCCAAAACUAAUUAAAUAGUAGAAAACUUAAGAAGAUAUCUCUAUCAUACAUGAUUACUUAAGUCAAUUACAUCAAUUUCAGGCUCCAUAUGAAAUUAUAAAAGAUGUAAUAUGUAUAUACUUAUAAUUAGAUAAGUAAAAGAAUUGGGUAUGCAUAUUUUGAAAAAGGCCAAAAUGUUCAAAAAAAUAAUAAUAUGGCUUACUUUGUGAUUAAAGGGAUUCUUAAAACAUAUGAAAACUUAGAAAUUCAAGCAGAUAUGUGGUACGAAGGCGAAAUUGCAUUUGAAGCUUAAGUAACUCAAAUACUCUAACUUAGACAGAAACCCAUUGUUUCACAUUACCCUUGAGUAUCUAUAAGAGAUUAACUGCAUGCCAUAGUUAAAUGUUUCAAUUAAAAUUAAAAACAUUAAUAUCCAAUUUACCCAUCCUUGAAAAAGUGAACUAUAGAAUUAAAGAUUAACUUAUUAAAGGAUUUCAAGAGGUUAAGUUUGGUAAUAAGGAUUUUGUAUUAAAAAUGGAUGAUACUAGUAGUUCUUUAUUUAUUCUCUAACAUGGUAUUUUAAUUGUUAGCAAAAUUUACUAAAAAACUCUUUCUUAAUAUGAAAAAUUGAUUUUGCCAAAAAAAUUUUGGUUUGAUGAUAUUAUAUUAGGAAAAUUGAUAGAUUAAGGAUUUAUAGGUGAAGAAUUUAUAUAAUGUGAUAAAGCCUUAUAUAAUGUUUAAGUAGCAUCAAAAACAGCAACUUUAUUAAUGAUAUCUAUAUAAUAAUUAUAGUAGAUUAGUCAAUAAGUAUAUUAAGCAAUUUAUAAAAUAUCAAUUGAGAACUAAGCUUUAAGAGAAGAAAUUUAUAAAGAAAAAUGUUAAGAAUUGGAAAAAUAUUGGUAAAACACUAAUAAAUCUUAAAUUUUAAAUUAAGAUAUUAAGAAAUCUAUUUCUUUUAAAGUUAUAAAAAAAUAAUAAUCAUCCUCUUAAGAUUAAUAAUGUUAAACAAUUGAUGAUCAUAUGUAAUUUAUUAUUAGUAAUUUAUCUUAUAAGAAAAUGCCUACAUUCAUUUAACAAUAUUUCAGAUAAAAAAAUAUCAAAAUAAAAAAAAAAUAAGAUUCCACAUAAUUAUAAAGAAGUUAAAAUUCAAUUUCAUUACAUUAUGUAGAUUCUAAUAUAUUUGAUUCAUAAAUCCUACUUUAAAAAGCUCAACACAAAAUUUAAGCAUAAUAAAAUUAAUAAAAAUCUUUAUGUUUACGCAAAUCACAAACUAGAUAAAUCAAUAGAAAUAACACUUCUUCUAAAUCAGAACAUUUAAAACCUAACACUGCUCAAAUAUUAUUUUAAUUUAAUAUUCCAUAAUAAUAAGAAAAUAGUAAAAUAUAGAUUGAAUAAAAAAAAGAUUUAAUUAUGAACAAAACAGUUUUGUCUAAUUUCCAAAAUCUGAAACCUGAUUCAAGGUAAUAAAUAAAACGAAGUUCUUCUGUUAUUAAAUUUAAUGAAAAUCAAUCAUAAAAUACACCUGGAACCUAAUCCAAAAGUAAAAGUAUUUAUAUAUAUUAUAGCACCUCGAGAAAAUAUGUUUUAUAUAGGCUUUUAAUAAAAUUAAAUUGUAAAGAAAAUAAAAGUUAACUAAUUACUACUCAAUUAAUAAAUUUGA